AUGGACGUAAAUGGAAGUUUCACCAUGGAAUCUGUUAAUGCUGCAAAUAUAUGGAGUCUGGCGGAUACAUUUCUAAUGGUUUACGCCAGUCUACUUCUUAUUAUUGGAAUCCCGGGAAAUAUAAUAUGUGGUAUCAUCAUGGGAGGAAACAAGGCAAAUCGCCUAACUACUCGCAUACUCAUGGUUAUAUUGUCGAUUGCUGACACGGGGGUAUUACUCACUGCCGUUUUGCGAUACUGGUCUAUCAAGAUUUUUGACUGGGAUCUGCGAAACGACGGACCAAUCUCAUGUAAAUUGCACGUUUUCUCCGUUGCUUUCUCCACGGAUUUUGCUGUUGGUUCAUUGUGCGCGAUUGCAGUAGAACGACUUCUUGUGGUGGCAUUCCCACAUCGCGCUAACAAUGUGGUCACUGUGACCUCAGUUGUCCUUGGAAUGACCAGUUUCGGUGUACUGAUUGCCGUGAAGAAUCUAAUUCAUUUCUGGAUGAUGGGAAUGCACAGUACCGCGCCGACCGGGGAAAAUCAAACCACAAUAGAUAUUCCUGGAGUCGAAGAGGAGAACACAUACCCGUUGCGUUGUCUUUCAGGUCCAUCCUAUAGGACCUUAUUCCGAUUAUUUAUGAAAAUUGAUUUCGUCAGUUUUGCUGUUCUUCCUUCACAUUCCAAUCUACCCGAUCGUGUUCACAUCGUGGCACCGAAACCCUGCGCCCCAACUAAUGGUGAAAGUGCAAAUAAUUUUCCACAAAUCAAUGUCACUACGGUACCUCAUGACGAAGGCAUAUAA